AUGUUAUCAUCAUCAUCAUCCUCAAUAACAACAAAAAAGAAUCAUCUUUCAACAGAGUACUCUCCAGAGUUGAACAUGAUCUCCACCGAUGAUCCAUCUCCAUCCGAUUUAUCUCAAUGGAUUAACACUUCAACAUCUCUUCAUCCAAAUUUUGAAUUCUUUUAUCCCAACACUUGGAAAUUAGAUAUGGCAAGUUCGAGUGCAUCCUUGAAAAUCAUUUCACCAACUCAGAUUUCACCAUGGUUGAAUCAACAAGAUGAGAAUGAAGAUGAAUGUUUGAUGGAUCAGAUUCGUGUGGAUUUCACACUCGAUAAACAUUCACAUGAAGAAAUUCAUCGAGAGACAUUUUCAAAAUUAAUGACUUCGUAUGCCAUUUCAGAGUAUUGUGAAAUUGAAAUGUUAAAUGAUUUUCAAAUCAAGUCGAAUGGUGAUAGUACUACUACUUCUACUGCAACUUCUUCUGCAACUUCUUCUGCAACUACAACUACUACUGCAACUACAACUACGAGUCAUGAAGGGAAUGAAUUGCUUGACACGAAUUCAGAACAAGUGCAAUUCAUUGCCAAACAUAGUUUGGUUCAAUACUUGUCCUAUGGUAGAAUUCACAUGACACGUCAUCAUGUGGUCACUGUUUCUGCUUUGCAACCAAACAUGUCUGAACACUCUUUUUAUAUUUUCAGUUACUUGACCGAGACAGGUUGUGAAAAGAAUUUUUCAGUCUUUGAAAAGUUUUUGAGAAAUUUCAAAUUUCCACAAGAAGGUACUUCUACAUUUUUGUAUGAAUUGUCGACCGAGUAUGGCCCUUCUAUUCUAUUGCAUGUUCCAUUUCCUUAUCAAGUUUCUCAAAAAAGAGAAGGUUCUCUCACAAUCUAUACUCCACAACAUGUGAAAUAUUCAUCCAAUUUCGCCACUUCACUCUCUUCCGUUCCAAGACAAAUGCAUUUCGAUUUUCAAUAUGUGAAAUCGAAUGGUGAAAUGAAUGUUCAAGAAUUGGCCACAGAGAAUUUCAAUAGCUUGACACAACAAAUCGAGAACAUGUCUCAAUUGGAUCAAAAACCACAUCGUGUGAAAAUUUUACAACCAGUAACAUUGGAACAUGUGCAACAACAAACAUCCCAUGUCUUUUCGUAUGAACAUGACAGUGGAGAGGAUGAAAAGAAAUUUGUUGAAAAACAUUUCACAUUACUAUCGAAUGGUGAUUUCUUGGCAUCGAGUUUUGCCAAUUCCAUCACUCAAGACAUUCAACCUCCUGAAUUGUUAGUAUUUAGAAAAAUGCUCGAGACAUUUGUGUUGUCUCAGUUCGACCAACAAGUCAUUCUCGAUCAACAAUUGAGUGAAUUUAAUGUUGCCAUUUAUGGAGAGAAUGGAGUUGGAAAGUCCACAUUGAUUUCACUUUAUUUGUAUGGUUGUCAACAGCAGCAGCAGCAGCAACAUGAUGGAGAACUGAAUAAUCUUUCCAAUACGAAUAAUAAUAAUAAUACGAAUAAUGGAAUAGUGAGAGAUCACACCACGACAACGACGACAACGACAACGGAAGAACAAACCUUUAGAAAAUAUGUUCCCAAAUCAGAUUCACACUCGGCAUUUGUGUUGAAUAUUCUAGAUACUUGUGGAAGUGAUGAGUUUGAAAAGGGAGGACAAUUUGAGAAGGCGACACGAGCUGAUGCUGUGAUUUUGGUGUGUGCAGCUGAUCAACCAUCUUCUAUUGAGAAACUUGAAACCAUUAUCAGUCGUAUUGAAAGGUUAAAGAAGAGAAAGGUCUCAGAAAUUCCAUCUCUCAUUGUGUUCAAUAAGGUCGACAUGGAAAAUGCUGCUGCCAAAUCGGAAGAGGCCAAGAAACUUGCCGAUCAGUUUGGUAUAACCUUUAUUGAGUGUACGAUCAAGAAAUUAUCCAAGGUGAUUGAUAUUUUUGAAGGAGCAUUGAUUGCAGAGCUGCACUCCAAGCAGUAUGUCAUUAAUCGUAUGCAAUCGGAUCAACAAUUGCUGUCAGAGGAUGUUGAAAAUUUCCAAUCGUUGAUUAUUCAAAAUCAAAUGGAAGAAAUUGAGUCUUUGAUUUCCACAGGAUCUGCUCCUUCCAUGGCUUCAGAGUAUCUCAAUUUACCAAUUAUAUUCUAUGCAGCAGAUUCUGGUGUCGAUGAGAAUAUUCUCAAACGUCUCAUUGAAUAUAAUGAGCAAUGUGAAAAGUUCAACUUGAAGAAUUUUACUACAAAAGACGGAAUGAAUUUGGCUUUAUUCGCUGUGAGCAAGGGCAACUUGAAAGCUCUGAAACUUUUGGAGAAUUAUGGCAUUACUCUGGAUACGGAGCCAGCUACUGUAACGUUGGAUAAUCUCAAUAUUCUUGCGCACAUCAUUUCGGUUCUAUUGAGUGAACCCGACAAUGACAUUGUUUCCUACUUGUUGGAAAAAUAUGAAAAAACUCUUUCACACUUUGUGAAUACUCCAUUCAAAGACGAAGAAAAUCUUACAAGUUAUCCCAUUCAUAUUGCUGCCAAAUCAGGAUCCACCUAUGCUGUGAAAUGGUUGUUAAAUCAUGGUGCAUUGCAAACCAUAAACGAAAAGGAUGCCAUGGGCUUGACUCCAUUACUCUUUGCUGUUGCUGAAGGUAAUGAUUCUUUGGUAGAAUUGUUGCUUGAAUCUGGAGCCAAGAUUUCUGAAGAGGCACAGAUUGAAUUUUUCAAAGAAAAUUGUCCAGAAGACAAAUUCCAAACAGUUGUUGCUUGUUUGGGAAAGUAUGGCGUCAAAGUGGAAUAA